UUCGACGUCACUCUCCUGCGACAGUGUGUCAACCAUAGACUGGUGUCAACUUCAAACAUGGCUUCAAGACUAGAAAUCAAUUUUGUCAGAUUAUUGUCUCGCUGUGAAUCUAUAGCGUCGGAGAAACGGGGCGAAACAGAAUGGAGGUUAGAAAAGUAUGUAGGUGCCCUGGAGGAGAUGUUAGUGGCUCUGAGGAAAAGCCAGAGCAAACCCACACCAGAAAUACUGACUGAAUACACAAGAAAAGUAGAUUUCCUCAAAGGACUUCUAGAGGCUGAGAAACUGUCUUCACCUACAGAAAAGGCCUUAGCUAAUCAGUUCCUCGCCCCGGGGCGGACACCCACUAUAGCCAAUGAGAGGAUGCCUGCCACUAAGACUGUCCACCUGCAGACAAAGGCUCGUUGUACAGGAGAGAUGAGGGAUGAGCUGCUUGGCACGGGGCUGACUGGCAAAGGCAUGUCAGAAACAGAGAUGAGAAAAAGAAGAGGUCUUCACCUGGAUGAGCGUCAGUCUGCGGCAGAGCUGGAGGCUGUCCUGCAGCACCAUCAUAACCUGCAGGAGAAACUUGCUGACGACAUGCUCAACCUGGCCCGGAACUUGAAGAAUAACACUCUGGCAGCGCAGAACAUCAUCAAACAGGACAACCAGACAUUGAACCAAUCCAUGCGUCAGGCAGACCUGAACUUAAAGAAGCUGAAGACAGAGUCCGAGCGGUUGGAGCAGCACACCAAGAAGUCUGUCAACUGGCUGCUGUGGCUUAUGCUCAUCCUGGUCUCCUUCACCUUCAUCAGCAUGAUCCUCUUCAUCAGAAUCUUCCCCAGGCUCCGAUGAUGACUGCCUACAAUCUUGAACUCUUAGUUUUCAUGUCCUCCCGUGUUUACGGAGCAGCACCUGCAUGGGCCUCGUAGCUCUGCAGAUCAGUAGUGGUCAGAACCAAAACAACGCAGCUUAAUGAACUGAAACAUUUGCACUUUUGACUGCAGUUCGUCCUCUUGACAGUAAGAUUGAAAGUGUGGUGUGAAGUGUUAUUAUUCCAUUUUUCAACAGUGCAGAACAUAAAUGGAGCUUGUUUUUUUUUUGAGGCACUUAGUGAGCAACAAAAAAAGUCUUAAUAUCCAGACAGCAGACACUCAGCCUAACUAUUCUCACCCCACAUCAAGCAGGCUACAAGCCAUACAGUGCGUGUAAAUCAAAAUGAUCUUGUGUUUAUUUGUCUCACCCUUCUUCUGAAACAGUUAAUGAACCGUCCACUAUCUGCUAUAUUCUAUAUAAACCAAAGUUUUAACACUGAAUUAAGCUACAAAUAAAGUCUAAAGAUAUAAAAUAAAAAAGCUUUGGAUGUGCUAGAUUUUUAAAUUGAUUAGUAACCCUUUACCAUUUCGUACCUAAUGGUAUUAUAUACACUUAAAAUAUAGAUUUUAAAACAGUGUAAUGUAGAUAUUGGAAGCGAUACGUAUGUUGAGCAUUCUUCAGUAACUAUAAGUCUCCCUUGAGGGCAUAUUUUACCUUAUUCCCCCUGGGUUUUACCAUGUCAGUGCCUUUUCAGGAGAUGCUAUAGUUACACUGAAAAUACAUCAAUAAAAAUUAAUAUAUAAUGAAUUAUUAAAGGUUUAUAAGGUGCUUAUUAAUGUUAAAGGGUGGAAUUAAAGUGUUACCAAUUGUUUCAAAAUAUAAAAGCAUCACAAAUUACAAAACGUAUUUCAAGCAUCAGUUUGAUUUUUCUUAAAAGUUUUUCUCCUGGUUAAGUUUUAAAGGAAAAACAUUUGUGCUGUCAGAUUUUUUUUGUACAUUACUCCUCAUAAACCAUUGUUCUUUUCAUUGUUCAUCGUGUGUUUAAGUGUCCUAGUCAGAUGACAACAUUUUUGAUGAUUCUGUAGAUGUUAAGUGUGGGGCUGCUGAUGUUAAUGAAAUUAAAUGACUGUAACCCAUUAAACGCAUUGAUAUAUCAUUGAGAGCAGCUACUGUGUGAUUGAGAACACAAGAAACUCCAGAAGAUUUAAAGUCACUCAUUUUCAACAACCUCCUCUCAGUGUGUUUGCUGAGUAACUGUCAGACCUGUAUGUGUGUUUUGGGAGCUGGUAUUGAUAUUUUUUUCUUCACUACAUAGAAUAUUGAAUUUGCGCCUUCUGUUUUGAAAUGUGACUGCUGCAGUGACUCCAUGUGGCCACUGGGUGUCAGUCACAUCCUUUGAAUAUGAUCACAAAGUAACCUCCAUGACCCUUGAUCAAGCCAUGAAUCCCAAAUUAACCCUGCUACUAGUUUAGAAGUGAUCUGAGGACUGAAGUAUGUCUAAAUAAAGGCAGUUGGCAAAUAAAAAGCAAACAGCA